CUCAGUGUACCCAUCUCUUUUUGGACUUGGAACUAAUCUUCAAUUAUUUAAAGCGGCGGCUCGCACCAUGGACCCUACCCUUUAUCCGAUCUUAUUUGGGGAGCUCGGGGACCUAAAUUGUAGUUUGAUAGAGGCUCUCCAAGACACUUUUUUGGAAAACGCUCCAUUAUCAUUGCUGAGCACUGAUGGUUUAUAUUGCAAUGCCACAACCGAUGAGAUUGGAACCUGCUGGCCGCGGAGCAGCACCGGGAGGAUUGUAGAGAGACCCUGCCCUGAGUACAUCAACGGGGUGAAGUACAACACAACCAUGAGUGCUUACAGGGAAUGCAUGGAUAAUGGGACGUGGGCAUUGAAAAGCAAUUACUCCAAUUGUGAACCCAUUUUGGAGGAGAAGAGAAAAUAUCCAAUGCAUUAUAAAAUAGCGCUGAUCAUCAACUACCUAGGUCACUGUAUCUCUGUGGGAGCUCUAGUCGUGGCCUUCAUUCUCUUCUUGUGCUUAAGGAGCAUACGAUGUCUUCGAAACAUCAUCCACUGGAACUUGAUCACCACGUUCAUACUGAGAAAUGUUAUGUGGUUUUUGCUUCAGUUGAUUGACCACAAUAUUCAUGAGAGCAAUGAGCCUUGGUGUCGAUUAAUUACAACAAUAUACAACUACUUUGUGGUGACAAACUUCUUCUGGAUGUUUGUUGAAGGAUGUUACCUACACACAGCCAUUGUAAUGACUUAUUCAACUGAUAAGCUCAGAAAGUGGGUCUUCCUUUUCAUCGGCUGGUGUAUUCCAUUACCUAUAAUAGUAGCUUGGGCCAUAGGAAAGUUGUAUUAUGAAGAUGAACAAUGUUGGUUUGGUAAAGAGCCUGGAAAAUAUAUGGACUAUAUUUACCAGGGACCAGUUAUUCUUGUGCUACUGAUAAACUUUGUUUUCCUCUUCAACAUAGUACGAAUACUUAUGACCAAACUAAGAGCUUCAACCACGUCUGAAACAAUACAGUACAGGAAAGCUGUGAAAGCAACACUGGUCUUGUUACCUCUGCUAGGCAUCACCUACAUGCUCUUCUUUGUGAAUCCGGGGGAGGACGACAUCGCACAAAUUGUUUUCAUCUAUUUCAACUCCUUUUUACAGUCUUUUCAGGGGUUCUUUGUGUCAGUGUUUUACUGCUUUCUAAAUGGAGAGGUACGUUCUGCAGUAAGGAAACGGUGGCACCGCUGGCAGGACAACCACGCUCUUCGAGUGCGAGUGGCUCGAGCCAUGUCCAUCCCCACGUCUCCAACCAGGAUUAGCUUCCACAGCAUCAAACAGACCACAGCUGUGUGACCAGAACAUAAUCUCUACGACAACAUCUAAGGGAACAGAUGUAAUAUUUUUGUCUAGUACAGACAAUGAAGUGAUUCACAGAACGGACUGAUUCCAAGGCCGUGAUGUGUCCAGUGUGACUGGAGAGCCAGGCAAUUUCUCUUGUCUGGUGAGAACAAUUUAUUGCAUCUAAAAGAAAACGUUGAUCACAUAUGAAGUCCAAUGGGCACAUGAUUCUUGGAAAAUGUAUCUCCCGUGACAUAUUGUACAUGUGUUAGAGCGUUUGAUGUUUUCUAGAGUGUAUUUAAAAGCCUUAAAUGGCAUCAUCACCGAACUGUCACAUCACAGCGAGUCUUAUCUAUGUUCUUCUUUCAUCUUACUGCUUAAUGGUUGUUAGUGCAGCAAGAUAAUCCUACAGGAUUUGCAGCAGGAUGCUUCAGCAGCUCACACACGUGUAGACAUCUGCUCCAUUGUUACUUAGUGAGAGACAUUGACCAAGCUGCACUCCAAAAUGCUGUCAGAUUUGUAUUUAGUGCAAUUAAUAUCAAAAUGCUCUUUGAGUUAAAUGUUCUUUGUCACCAACAGCUGCGUUUGACUGCUAGAAAAGAGGCUUUGGGAAAGAACAGAUAAUUAAACAUCAAAAAACUCUAUGGUUUAAAAGACAUAAGAUUUAAAAGAUGUACUAAUUUCUCUUGUGAAAAGAAAAUUGAACACUUUUCAACACACAAUCUUAACACAUGGUGAUACAUUUUGGUCAAUAUGAGAUGAUUUUAUACAAACAAGCCAUUCUAAUGAAGCCUCUAUAAUGUGUCCUCAGAGCAGUCUUCACUUAAAGUCUGUGUUCUUUUAUACCGUGUUUUAUUUCAUACUGUACUGUUGUGAACAUUGUUAAAAAACUUGUUCAGCUUCCUCUCUUUUCCAACGAAUUAAUGUCAUCUCAAUUUUUCGCUUCCCCUUUGCUGGGUUUUGCUUUUUUUCUUUCUCCUCAGAGGAGGGUGUGAACAAUUUAGUAAGUAAAGAUAAGAUUAUAUAUUACAUACAGUAGAGUUGGGGAAAGUGAUUCUAAGUCAUUUAUGUAAUGUACUGUAUAUGUAUGGAUUCUCCAUGCAGGCACAGUGGAAGCAGAUUCAAUUCUUUUGGCUUUCUGAAAUCCUUGUGGCUUUUCUAGUAAUCAGUGUCACAACUAAGCUGCUGGUUUAAGAGAAGAGAAGCUUGAUGAAGUGAGCACCAAACACUUGCCUGUAAUGCCCACUCUUACAUCGGCUCAGGCUGCUCACACAAUAAUGAGAACAACCAUCUAUCUACAAGGUCAAACUCCAAAAAUAUUUUUUGUUUUCUGUAAAAGGAUGAAGAGGGGAGAGGAAAUGUCAGCUUUGAAAAGGAUUACAAACGAUCAAAAAAGUCUGAAUUAUGUUGCAAGCUUAAGUUUUGAUGCAAAUGGUCCUUUGUGUGUACCUAACAUUUGCAUAACAUCAAAAGAAGAUUUCUGUCAGGGGGUACAAUUAAGAAUGUUUAAAAGGAAUAGUUCGACAUUUUUGGAAAUAUACCUAUUCAUGUGCUUCCGGAGCGUUAGAUGACAAUAUUGUUACCGCAUAUCUGUCCCAUAUCUGCGAGUUAGCUUAGCUUAGCAUAAAGACUGGAAACGGGGGAAACAGAUAGCUUGGCUCUGUUCAAAGGAGUCUCCACUGGUUGCCUGGCAACCUCAUGGAACCUCAUAAGCUAAGCUUACAAGCUGCUGCCUAUAGUUUCAUAUUUAACCAACAGUCACGAAAGUGGUAUUGAUCUCAGCAAGAAAACAAAUAUGCAUAUUUCCCAAAAUGUCAAACAAUUUUGAAAAUAAAUAAUCUUAGGUGUAUUUCAGUUUGGGUUUGUAUUUAUUUAUUUGUGUUUUCUGUAGUUAUUUGCAAUGUUAUUUCAUACUUUUAUCAGGACUAAAUCCACUGGAUCUACUUUAGAUUUGGAGUUUCAAAAGUAAGAGAAAAAAUACUGAAUU